CGGCAUCAUAUCUUUUCAUCUUCUUCUUAUAAAAAAAUGUUUCAUAAUUUUAUAAAGCUAACUUGACUUUGCAUGGUGGAGUUGUAUAAAUAUAGCAGAGAUACCAAUCCAUUACCAGUCAUCAAAACCUCAUCUUUCUUCUUUCUCUAAAAUCUUCUAAGAAUAACCAUUUUCUAAAGAUAUCUUUUAACGAGACAACAAACAACAGAAAAACACACAAAAACACAAAACUUCUGUUUCCCUGUUUCUCCGGAUUCUCUCCGGCUCUGAGCUUUCGGCUUCUCCUCUCCGGAGAUGUUACUCUGCUUCCCUCUUUUGUGUUCUUUUUGUUUUCUGGGUGAAUAUUGUAUGAACCUUUGACUGGGAUUUUUCCGAAGAAGAAUCCCAGACGACGUAAUUUUUCUCCAAGCUAUGGCUGUUGAAGAGAUGGAGAAGAAGAUCAAAGGAAGCCAAGAGACGGAGCUACAUAAAAACGACUUAUCAAUCGAAGACCCAUCUCCAAGAUGCGUGCUUGAAAUUCCGGUAAUGAGUUCAGAUUCCGAUAACAGCAGCAGUUGUAGCUCGUGUUCUCCUGAUAAAUCAUCGUCGCCAUUAUCAACAACUCCUCCAAACGUUUCGUCUUUUCAUCAAUGGAACAAGAUGAUCGAAUCCAUCAAGAAGAAAUCAAUUAGGAGAUUCUCUGUCAUUCCUCUCCUCGCUAGCUACGAGCUCACCCGCAAAAAGAAACAACCGAAACUAUCUCCUUGUUCAGAAAACGACUUCGAUUGUGAUCAAAUCCUCGUCGCUAAACCUUCGUGGCGUAAUUUCACCUUCGACGAACUCGUUGCCGCCACCGACAAUUUUAAUCCCGAGAACAUGAUUGGGAAAGGAGGACAUGCGGAGGUGUACAAAGGGGUUUUACCGGACGGAGAGACUGUGGCGAUCAAGAAGCUGACGAGACAUGCAAAGGAAGUAGAAGAACGAGUCAGUGAUUUCUUAUCGGAGCUUGGGAUAAUCGCACAUGUUAACCAUCCAAACGCAGCUAGGCUUCGUGGUUUCAGUUGUGAUCGCGGUUUGCAUUUUGUGCUUGAGUACUCUUCUCAUGGCAGUCUUGCUUCUCUACUCUUUGGAUCAGAGGAGUGUUUGGAUUGGAAGAAACGGUAUAAAGUGGCUAUGGGUAUAGCUGAUGGUUUGAGUUAUCUUCAUAACGAUUGCCCUCGACGGAUUAUUCACCGAGACAUCAAAGCUUCCAACAUUUUGCUCUCUCAAGACUACGAAGCUCAGAUUUCGGAUUUUGGACUAGCUAAGUGGCUCCCAGAGCAUUGGCCUCAUCACAUUGUUUUCCCUAUCGAAGGCACAUUCGGAUAUCUAGCUCCAGAGUACUUCAUGCACGGGAUUGUCGAUGAGAAGACGGAUGUUUUUGCUUUUGGUGUAUUGCUUCUAGAGAUCAUAACUGGUCGUCGAGCUGUUGAUACCGAUAGCCGGCAAAGCAUAGUUAUGUGGGCAAAACCUCUUCUGGAGAAGAACAACAUGGAAGAAAUAGUUGAUCCUCAGCUAGGCAAUGACUUUGAUGAAACCGAGAUGAAACGAGUGAUGCAAACAGCUUCAAUGUGCAUACACCAUGUAUCCACUAUGCGUCCUGACAUGAACCGGUUGGUUCAGCUGUUGCGCGGAGAUGACCAGUUAGCUGAACAAAAACCAGGUGGAGCAAGAACAGUGAGUCUCGACGAUUGCGACUUAGAUCACACCUCUUCCUCUUACCUUAACGAUCUCACUCGACAUAGACAGCUCUUAAUGGAGUAAGCAAUCUGAUGAUACCAAUACUUUAAAAAAAACUCCUCUCACAGAGAAGAAGAAACAACAAGAAGCAAAAAUGUUCUUCUUUCCCUUUUUCUUGUCUGUGAUUUUGCUUCGUCUUCUCCAUUGUAAAAAUCUUAAAAAGAGGGAAUAUGUUGUAUGUAUUAAUUUGGCUUUUGUCUUCAAAUUCUGGUUGUCUCUUAUGUUGUAAAAUUCUAAAAUUCAGAUGAUAAAAUUCACAAUUUGUAAUGCCUUUUA